AUUUGUACGAAAAAUUAAAUCUCUGUUCAUCUACCCGCCACGUUUGGCUUCAGCUCCAAAAUUCCUUCGGGCUCAUUUUGGUGGAACUUAUGGCGGCGACUCUAUCGGCUUCACUGACUUCCAAUUCUGCACUUCCUCAAAGGAAAUCUUGCCAACCUUCGCGUGUCUUCUACAAUCCUCGUUGUCGGAAAAUUCCCUUUAGUUACAGCUUCUCGCACUGCAAAAAUAUUGUGAAAUUCUCGCUACGGCGAACUGGCGUCGUUGUCUCGGCAAUAUCUGGUUCUCCCGGAAUUGGAUCGUACGUGGAGAGUGGGAACACUGCAGACUUACUGGAAUCUGUGAAGGUGUUUGACUUGAACGGCGAUGGAAUUCCGAUUUCCGAUCUCUGGAAAAUUAGGAAAGCUGUUGUUGCAUUUGCCCGUCAUUUUGGGUGUGUCUUUUGCCGAAAACGUGCUGAUUAUCUUGCAUCUAAGAAGGAUUUAUUGGAUGCAUCCGGUGUGGCUCUUGUGCUGAUUGGACCUGGUAGCAUUGAUCAGGCAAAAGCAUUCAGUGAGCAAACAAAAUUUCAGGGAGAAGUUUAUGCUGAUCCUGCUCAUUCAUCGUACGAGGCUCUAAAUUUUGUCUCUGGGUUUACAACCACAUUUACUCCCAAAGCGGGUCUCAAGAUUAUUGAGCUAUAUAUGGAAGGCUAUCGGCAAGAUUGGAAUCUUUCUUUCCAAAAGGACACUGUGACUAGAGGGGGCUGGCAGCAAGGUGGCAUCAUAGUUGCAGGUCCCGGUAAAAAUAACAUCUCUUACAUUCACAAGGAUAAAGAAGCUGGGGAUGAUCCAGAUAUCCAAGAAAUUCUCAAGGCAUGUUGCUCAUAAAGUUGAGAUGGAUUCUCACACUGCCAAGAUCCAAUGCCACCUAAAAGGCUGGCUUGCAAUAAGGUAGUCGUUAUGGAACCAAAACACCGUGAAAUUAAUACCCCACUUGAAAUUCAAAACUGAUAUGAAGGAAAAAGUAGAGUAUAUAUAAUUUUUAUCGAGGGAGCUUAGUUUUAUACUCUGAAUAGUCGGAACAGUAUGGCUACUCUCGUAGAUAUGGAUGAUAAAGUUAGAGAAUCAAAUGAAUGAAAACCAUUUUCUAUA